AUGGCGGCGGCUGUGCUGGACCGCCUGGGUGCGUUAUGGAUGCAGAACCUGAGGCGGAAGCUGGUCCUGGGGCUUCUUCCGUCUCAGAGUGUUUUACCCCAGUCACACAUCCAUACAAGUGCUUCUCUUGACAUUUCUCGAAAAUGGGAGAAGAAGAAUAAAAUUGUUUAUCCUCCACAACUGCCUGGAGAACCUCGGAGACCAGCAGAAAUCUACCAUUGUCGAAGACAAAUAAAGUACAGCAAAGACAAGAUGUGGUAUUUGGCAAAAUUGAUUCGAGGAAUGUCCAUUGAUCAGGCUUUGGCUCAAUUGGAAUUCAGUGACAAAAAAGGAGCCCAAAUAAUUAAAGAGAUUCUUUUAGAAGCACAAGAGAUGGCAGUGAGAGACCACAAUGUGGAAUUCAGAUCCAAUUUAUACAUAGCUCAGUCCAACUCAGGCCGAGGCCAGUACCUGAAACGCAUUCGAUACCAUGGCAGAGGCCGCUGUGGGAUCAUGGAGAAGGUUUAUUGCCAUUAUUUUGUGAAGUUGGUAGAAGGCCCUCCACCUGCACCUGAACCACCAAAGACAGCAGUCACCCACGCCAAAGAGUAUAUUCAGCAGCUUCGAAACCGGACCAUCAUUCACACUCUAUGA